AUGACUACUUCUAAGCGACCACGUUAUUAUGAAAACAAACUAGCACCAGUAGUGAUAAAUCCGGUCUCGCUCAUCAACGCUCUCCAUGAGCUUCGGGCAGCGGUUCACAAUGGUGCAGAGAAAUUGAAUACAAACGAGCCCCUGCCUGAGAAAUGGAACAACGGCGGAGUCUUUCUUCAUUUCCCAGGUAUCAAUAUCUCACUGACGAAUGACACCUGCCAACUGAGUGUCUCCGUCCUGUCAGCCUCAGCAUGGCUGAGACCUGACGCGGCUGUUGAGAUUGUUUCUAACCGGAUUUUGCUAUUCGGCCAAAAUUCAAACCCCUCGGAAUUCCUUGAGUAUGCUUUGAAGAGAGUUCCAUCCGGUUUGCCGGAUAUGCCUUUGAUCCCAUCACGACUUUCUCCUGCGGGCUCUUUCUCGCCGUUGGCGGCUGCCAGUUUACAGAUUUUCGCAACUGUGGCGAAGAACGGAUGGGGAGCUGGCGAGACGCCCAAAAUUUCCGCUGAACUCAUCAACUGCCUCCGUGACGCUACUGAUUUGGCACUCCAAAACUCAUGGAUCGUGCCUCAUGGCGACCACCGGAUGGGUGGAGAUGAGAUUCUCUACGGUCGUGCAGGGCUAUUAUGGUUGCUGCUAAAUGUUCGCACGCACCAGUAUCAUGAGGAAAAUCGCGAACUCCUUUUGCCGGUCAUUGCUAAGAUCCCACAAUUGAUUCGCGUCAUAGUUGACGCUGGUCGACAUGGCUCCAAGGACUUUAUACAGAACCAUGGACGCGAGCAUGCACAUCCACUGAUGUAUGCCUGGAUGGAGGGUCAUUACGGAUUCGGCGCUGCCCAUGGAGCUAGUACUGCAGCGGGUAUCCUUUCUGUGCUGCUCUCCUGUACAGCAGAUGAAUUGUCAGAGUAUGUUCCAGAGAUUGGAGGGACUAUCACUGCACUUUGCAGGCUUGCUGUCGCCCAUGAUGGCCAUCUGCCAAAGACUCUGCCACCCUGUGGUGCAAAGGAGUCUUUUGAACUGGUUCAAUUCUGUCACGGCUCCCCUUCAAUCCUAUUACUCUUGGGUGUGGCGCUCAAGAACGAUCAGCUGACCCAGAACUGCUGGCACCCAGUAUGGGACCAAACACUCUACCAGGCCACCGCCCGUGUCUGGGAAGAAGGUCUUCUUUCUAAAGGUGGGAGCUUGUGUCAUGGUAUCUCUGGAAAUGCUUGGCCGUGGUUAUUGUUACAUGAUGUCUUUGAAUACAACUCAGACAGGAUUGAAGAUGCCAGGCGUACAUUCUUCCAGAGCAGCGAUGACCCCAUGGCAUCGGAUGACGACCUCAGUUCCAAGCUAACUUCCAAUUUUUUCCUCUCCCGGGCGCUGGCGUUCAUGCUGCAUUCAUUUGAGACGCGUCCGUACAAGGAUGAUCAAAGUCCCUCGGAAUAUGAUUAUUGCACUCCUAACGAGCCAAACUCACUAUUUAAUGGACUGGCAGGCAAUCUUUGUGCUUGGGCCGAGACCUGUGCGGUCGUUCAGGCGAGACUGCGAAAAAUCAUGUUGAACGAAAGCAGUGCAGUCAGUCGAUACGAGGAUGACAAUUCCUUCAAGGAAGCGUUGCGUUGUCAGUUGGGCUUCCCACUUGUGGGCGGCAAUGGUGCGUGCGGUGUACUUUAA